CUAGCAUUGGAAUGUUGGGUGCCAUCCUGGGUUGGAUCUUGACCGUCACUGAAGUCUUGCCUGCCACGCUGCCAGAGGCGGCAGAUGUGGUUUUCUGCACAUCGCAGUGGUGCAUGGUGCUUGGCGCAGCUUUCUACUAUUUGUCCUUCCUGCUUUGGCAGUCUGAGCGGUUUGUGUUCCUGGAUAUUCUCUGCAUCGACCAAGAAGAUGAGAGCUUGAAGGGAGAAGCCCUGAUCAGCAUGGGCUCCAUCCUGAAGAGCUCGGCAUCUAUGCUAGUGCUCUGGGAUCCAACCUGGGUCACACGAUUCUGGUGUGUCUUCGAAUUGGCAUCUUACUUGCACAGCCGAGACCGACAGUCAAAGGCUCGCCAGCAUCUACGGGUACGCCCAAACCUUAUGGGACCCGUGCUGCUGACGGGACAUGCAGGCCUUUGCAUCUUACUCCUCGCAUUUCCAAAUCUGCUGAAUGCAUUUGUUGAGACCUCGGAUGCUAUGGUGUUGCUGUUGUCUGUUGGUCUCUUGCCUUGUUUCGGGUGUCUAGCUCACGUUGGCCGCGCGUUCUGCAGAAGCCUGGACACACUGCAGCAGCAGCUGGGAAAUUUCAGCGCCGAAAGUGCCAAGUGCUUUUGUUGUGAUGUGAAUCACGUGGAUCCUUACACGGGUGGGCGCUUGAUUUGCGACCGUGACAUCAUGCUCAAGUGCAUUGGGAUCUGGUUUGGAAGCCCCUCUCGAUUCGACGAACUGGUGCGGGGCCAGGUCAGGACAGCCGUUCUGCUGCAGCUGAUGAGUACAAAGUAUCUGUACCAGCAACUAGUCGUGGUUUGCAGCCCAGUGAUGUGGUUGUUCUUGGACCGAACGGCUUUGUAUGUUGGAAGAGACAUGACGAUGCGUGACACGGCAAUUGCGGUGGAAGUUGCUGUUACUGG